AUGUCGUACUCCGUCAGCAUCACCAGCACCAUCUUCGUCGCGCCCUCGGCAGACCCGACCCCCCCUCCACAUCUUGGUCGAGCCUACUGGUCCCAAUGUCCCCCGGCCUGCCGCCGAGAGCCUGAAUCACGGCUACGUCGUGUUUGUCCUGCCGCCCCCGUACGAGAACCUUUCCCUUUUGCCUUCUCCCUCCCUGCGUCCUGUGUUCGCGCCUGGCUGGAUACUAUUGACCACGGGACUGGGAUCGUCCUUUCUGGGGGCAAGACAUAUGGCGUCGCAUCCAAUGCCGAUCUCCACAUGGUCAAAGUGGCCAAUGUCAAGAAGGGCGAGGAAACUGACAAGACCAAGCUCAAAAUCCAGCCCUUUGCUAUCUAG